AUGGCUCGGAGGAAAGACACCGGUCCUCCAGAUGUCAUUGAACCUCGCACUCUGAGGUCUCAGUCAAAGCCCGACAAGGUCGCUUCAGAAGCUCUCCCUCCUCUACCUUGCAGGGCGAGCGCAAAGAAGCGUGCUUCCCUGGCAGUCGAUGAUAUCCAUGUAUCUCAUGACGAGGAUGAGAGUCAGGUUCCACCCAAACUGAGGCCUAAGCCAAAACCGAAGGGGAAGGGGAAGAAGUGUGCCCGGUGCAAGGCACCAGCUGGCAACGUUGAUGCUGACGAGCAUGACGCCGCUGACGAGGAUGUUCCCGCGGAUGUGUCGAAUAAUCGGAAGCAACCUCCGAGGAAGAGCACCGUCCAAACGACACAUUCAACAGUAGAAGAGGUCAACAGUGACGAUCUGGAGGAUGUCGCACUGCCUCGGUCGAAGAGGACUCGAUGUGAUCUGGUGACGGAUAUGGUGCCGCCACUCGUGCGGCCGCCGUCUGAGGGAAUGGAGGAGCAUGCUGACAGCGACGUACCCAUUGGUAGCGUGAACGCAGGCGUUGACAUGCCAGCCAUCCUCAGUGACGAUAAUGAGGAAGAUGCACCCAGUGACGACGAGCUAGGCGUAGAGUUCGAUGUCAUCAUGCACGAAGACGUGGCUGCCGUUACUGAUGUCAUGGGCAUCGACACUUCCACUGAUGGCGAUGUUCGCCAGGUGCUCGAUCGGGAGGGCAACAACGUCGGACAGGAGUGA